CAAAUCCACCACGCUUCCAAUCUAUAAUAAGAUGCUAUCUAUCCGGUGUCCGGACACCACCUUAAUUUCAUUCUACGCCAUCUUUUUCCUCCAUCAAUUGUCCAUUACUUUACCGAAAACAAGAAAGUUUCUCCAAUGGCCUGCUCAAGCUCUGCAAGACCAACCAAAGUUCAGGAACUGUACGUGUACGAGAUCAAUGAACGUGAUCGUGGAAGCCCCGCUUACCUCCGUUUGAGCCAGAAAUCCGUCAAUUCUCUCGGAGAUAUGGUCCCGUUUAGCAACAAAAUAUAUGCCGGAGACCUACAGAAGCGGUUGGGAAUAACAGCGGGCAUGUGCAUUCUGAUCGAAAACAAACCCGAAAAGAAAGGUGACCGGUACGAGGCGAUAUUCAGCUUUUAUUUCGGGGACUACGGUCACAUAUCGGUGCAGGGACCGUAUUUGACCUACGAGGACUCGUGUUUGGCCGUGACGGGUGGUUCUGGUAUCUUUGAGGGGGUGUACGGGCAGGUGAAGCUGCACCAGAUUGUGUUCCCCUUCAAGCUUUUCUACAUUUUUUAUUUGAAGGGCAUUGGAGACUUGCCGGAAGAGCUUGUUGGGAAGCACGUGGAGCCGAUCCCAGCUGUUGAGCCGAGCCCUGCGGCUAAGGCUUGUGAGCCCCAAGCCACCAUCGCUAAUUUCACUCGUUGAAGUAAUAUUAUGAACGUCGUUGUUGAUGACAAUGACAUUAAUUGAUAGGCAAUAAAUUAUUUGCAUAUUGUAUUUUUCCCCGAAUGUGACUUUCUUAACGUCACACAUAAUAUUCUUGUGGAAGUUAGCAAAUCCGCGUUAAUUUACUUCUUCAAUUUUUAAAGAGAUGUUAUAUUCUCAAAGUGUUGUAUAACAUACAAGUUUAAUUGCGUAAUAUUAUAUAUAAUUUUAGA